AGACGGUAUAUUUUGGUAUAUUUCUGAGGGUCGGACGGUAUAUUUUAAGGAUAAAUCCGCGGUCACACUGGAUGUAACUACAAGAUCCGGGAGACUUAAACGUUGGUCGCUCGUGCAGUCGGUGCUGCAGUGCGAAGAACCAUGCAUGAGGAUGACUUGAAAAAUCAAUUAACGAUUGCGCGGAAUGAGAUUAACAAUUUGAGGCAGCAAGUGCGGAACCUACAGCAUGUGCAGCGCAAGGACAUCGAAACAAUAACCCGCCUGCUGAAGGACUUUCGCUGCGAAGGCUGUUCGAGUAAGCAGAAUGCCAAGGCCAAGGACGGCACUGACACUGACAAGGCGGAGGCGGCGCCCGGGCUUCAGGGUCAGGACGUCAAUGGCAGUGGGAGCAGCAACAGUAACAGCAAUGAGGAGUCUGCCCAUUUUCGUCCGAUUGGCGUAAUACGGACUGCCUUUCCGGAGAAGAGAGCUGUGCCGAGGCAAUCGGUUGUGGGCAGCCGCCUACGUAGCCUUAUCCAGCUUAAUGAUGGCGUCUUCACCAACCCGGAGCACUCGCUGGAGGGACUGUCUGACUUCUCACACCUGUGGCUGAUUUACCACUUCCAUCGGAACAAUGCCCAUCCGAAGGCUAAAGUGGCACCCCCGCGCCUGGGCGGGGAACGAGUAGGAGUUUUCUCAACACGCUCGCCCCACCGACCGUGCCCCAUCGGCCUGUCGUUGGUGGAAAUAGAGAAAAUUGAAAAUGCUACCAUCAGUUUCUUUGGCACGGACAUGGUGGACGGAACACCUGUGCUGGACAUCAAGCCGUACAUUCCAUAUUACGAUGCGCCAGCCUUGAGCAUCGACUCAGGUAUGUUAGGCGCAUACAAACCUGUACAACCACGAUUCUAUCAAAAUUUUGGCCUCGUGGCAGGUCGAGCCUCAGCUGGUCCGAAUGAAACCAGCCUGGACUUUUACGACUCCCGUCAGGAGCCCGAUGGCGAAGAGUCCGAUCUGGAGCUAUACGGUGCCGCUGGCUAUGCUGUAAACAGCAUCAGUUCCGACCCGAUUCUGCCGCCCCCAAGCGCCGUACGCGUCCCCAACUGGGUGGUGGCCAGCCAUCGGUUGAGUGUUUGCUUCAACGAGCACGCCGAGGCCCAGCUGAAGGAUUUGCAGGUCGAGAAACAGUGCAUCGUUGAAAUCUUGGAGGCGGAUCCGCGCUCAGUGUACCUGCGCACAAAAUACGGCUCUCAGAUCUUCACUUUCCAGCUAAGUGAAGUCACCGUGACGUGCAAGUUCGACGACAAGGCCGCCACAGUGACUGUGGUGCAGGUUCGCCGCAAUGAAAAUGUGCAAGUGGUCGCACUGGACUGCGAUCAGCGCAGUGCUUAAGUUAUAGUUGUUUUCCCGGAUGGCUUUGCAGGGAGAUAUGUGUUUAGCUUAAGUAUUCCGUGUUUAGGAGCUUUGACGUUUCGAUUUUGCUGUAGGACACAAGACAUUCUAAAAUAUAUUUAUGCUGCUUGUUUCUGAAGUAAAAAA